AUGUCGAAGCAAAAGUCUAGUAACCCAGCAGUCAAUUUGAUUGCUGGUGGUGGUGCGGGUCUAAUGGAGGGUCUAUGUUGCCAUCCAUUGGAUACGAUCAAGGUGCGGAUGCAGAUUUAUAAGAGAUCUGCAGACUCUGGUGUGAAGCCUCCGGGAUUUAUCAAAACUGGUGCUCAAAUCUACAGAAACGAGGGUUUUUUGGCGUUCUACAAGGGUCUAGGUGCUGUUGCACUGGGUAUUACUCCUAAGAUGGCUAUCAGAUUCUCGUCGUACGAGUUCUACAGAGGUUUGUUGACCAACAAAGAGACUGGUAAGAUUUCAACCGGUAACACGUUUAUUGCUGGUGUUGGUGCCGGUAUCACUGAAGCAGUUAUUGUUGUGAACCCAAUGGAAGUGGUGAAGAUCAGAUUGCAGGCCCAGGCCUUGAACCCAGCCGAAGGUGUUCCUAAGUACAGAAACGCUAUCCAGGCAUGUUAUGUCAUUGUCAAGGAGGAAGGUUUCAGUGCGCUUUACCGUGGUGUCUCCUUGACUGCUGCAAGACAGGCUACUAACCAAGGUGCCAACUUCACUGUGUACUCUAAGCUAAAGGAGUUCUUGCAGGGAUACCACAACCAAGAGAUGCUUCCAAGUUGGGAAACCUCAUUGAUCGGUUUGAUUUCCGGUGCCAUUGGUCCAUUCUCCAACGCUCCAUUGGAUACCAUCAAGACUAGAUUACAGAAGGACAAGUCCACUAAGGACAUGUCGGGAUUCAAGAGAAUUGUAUUUAUUGGUAAGCAAUUGAUCAAAGAAGAAGGUUUCCGUGCUCUAUAUAAGGGUAUCACUCCAAGAGUUAUGCGUGUGGCUCCAGGCCAAGCAGUUACAUUCACUGCUUACGAAUUUAUCCGUAAGAAGUUGGAGAACACUGGUGUCUUCUAA